GUACUGUGGUACCCAGUGUAGACAGGUAGCGCUGAAUCAGUGUACACAGACUAGACAUGAAUUAUCAUUCAACACUUUUUCUACUGGCGAGAUAAUUGUCAAUUAACAGAAGAAUCAAGACGACCCAGGGCAGAGAUGUUCCGUUGCGUGCGCAGUUCGCGGACGUCAAAUGAAACGCUGUUGCAGUCGUAGCGAGCGCAGUGAACGCUAGUUCGUUUAGUUAAACGCACCUUAUGCUUGUAACAGCUGUGUUAGCUAGUUCAGGAAAAAAUUAAGGGGGGGUGGCGUGAGGUAUCCAAUGUUAUCACUUUCUCUUCGGUUAUUAGAUUGUCGGUCUUCAAGGUAUACUGGAGAGUGUUCGUUUUCGGCUCUUUAUCUCCACAAAGUUUUAGAAAUCAGUUUGGAAUUGUCAGCUGUCUAGUUUUCUACUGCGACUUCACAUGGUUGGAGAAUCUGUCAGUUCGAGAGUGUGCAACUUGCACGGUGGAAGCGUUGGACGCUUAAAAUAAACCAUAUAAAAGUGUUUCUAUUGUACUAACCAAACAUAGACAUGAAAAUUAACUAAAACAUUUGUGUUGGGUGAACACAUAAUAUUAGAGUUCUUGAUGAUUAAGAUAGCUGUGCACUCUUGUAUGAAGUUUGAAUUUAUGUUCAGUGCUUUACAAUCCGAGUGCUAAAAUCGAAAUACCAACAGAUUGAACCUUUUGCUCGCGGCAUAGUGUUUGGAAGCUAUUAAAAACAAAGCAAAUAUGAAUAGCUUGGUACGUGUAUUCAGUAACUUCAAGGAAUUUUAUAGCGAAAUAAAUGGAGCUACCCUGACGGGUGCGAUCGAUGUGAUCGUCGUUGAACAACCAGACGGAAAAUUUCAGUGUUCACCCUUUCAUGUACGAUUUGGCAAACUUGGUGUCUUACGCAGUCGAGAGAAAGUGGUGGAUAUAGAAAUCAAUGGAGAUCCUGUUGACAUUCAUAUGAAACUUGGAGAAUCUGGUGAAGCUUUCUUUGUGGAAGAAUGCCUUGAAGAUGAAGAAGAAAUUCCUGAAAAUUUGGCGACUUCCCCAAUUCCAUCUGGGGAUUUCACAAAGAAAUAUGAGCAGAACGAUGGAAAACAAAUUAAUGAAGCUAACGAAAGUAUGGUUUUACCGUUACCUAUACCAAGAAGAAAUUCGUUUGAUUUAUCGAAAGAGCAUCACAAGGAGGAAACCAUCAGGACAUAUAACAAUCAAAUAUCGGACUUCAGUCAAAGAAGGCACACUGAAAAACUUGAACGGAGGGAUUUAACCAAUACCAAGAAAGAAUUUACGACGCAGAAGAUUCGCCAAGAAUGGGCAGAACAUGAAGAUGAACUGUUUCCAUUAGCCGGAGAAAAUGGAAAUGUAAGUGAAAAUAAAAUUACCUUAAAAACGGAAAAGAUUGAACCAAUCUCCAUUAAGUGUUCAGUAGAACAAUCGAAUGAGCAUAGUGUCACAGAAACCAAAGAAGAAAUUAGUGUUAAUCAAAAUAUUAAAGAAGAAUCCAAAUCGAAAAAAAAGCGGAGGAAGAAGUCGUUGCUAAAGAAAAAAAAUGCUCAACGGAAGAGCUCUUCAAGCAGUUCUUUAGGAAGUGUCCAAUUAGAAAGUAAUGAUAAUGAAUGCGAUGGUAUAUCCCUGUCAAAUAAUACAGGGUCUUCAAAUGAUGAAUCACCGAUAAAGAAUGACAUUAGUUCUCCCAAAGUGGAUUCAAACAAAGAAGAAGCAUUUCUCGGUGAUACAAAAAUGAGUAAUGUCACCAUAGAUAAAGAAAAUACAAUUUCACGCAUACGUGACUUGGAUAUACAUUUCUUCAGUGACACAGAAGUGGCAUCAGGAUGCAAUGUUCGUGGGUCUCGUCCAUCAACUCCAAUACAAAGUGAUAGUGAACUAGAGAUUUCACAAAGAGAAAAAACAAAGCAAACAGAUGUUAUGACCAAUUCCGCUUCCUGGAAAUGGGGUGAGCUACCAAUAACACAGAUUGACGAACCUAAGGACGCACCUGAAGCCCAAAGGCACUCUAUGCUUAGUGGAAUGUUCAGCUUCAUGAAAAGAAAUAAUAAAUUAAGAAAAAAUGCAACGGAAGGUGUUUACUUGUCUGAUUUAGAUGCUGGAGGUGUGGAUCCAGAAAUGAUGUCCUUGUAUUUUCCAUCGAUUCAUAAAAAUCAAACCAAGAAACUUCACGAUGAUGAUGUCGAAAGUGGAAACGGAACUUCGUUGCCGCAAAGUCCAAGUUCUUUGGAAGGGCCGAAAAGUCUCGAUUCCGAUUUCGAUGAUGGAAAAUCGCCUGAUAAGUAUUUGGACUUAAUUUCUCUAUCCCUAUGUAAUGGAUUAGAUAAAGGGGGUCCAACUGAUGAAGAAUUUAACCAGCAUAUUGUGAAAUAUUCAGAUGUUUGCCAGAAUCCGGAGAUAUUUUUGUCACCAAACUUAGUAGUACGUUUGAACGGGAAAUAUUACAGUUGGUUAGCAGCAUGUCCCAUUGUAAUGACUAUUAUAACUUUCCAAAAACCGUUAUCAAAUGAAGCAAUCGAACAAAUCACAAGUAAUAUUCAAAAGACAAUGCCAUCUCAAACAGAGGAUAUAACAAUGAACCAAAUCGAUGAUAUCACAGAAACGCAAAUCGAGCCUGAACCCAAACGAAGGUAUUGGCGAUGGUGGGGCAGAGGUAGUGGUGAGAAACCAGAUCAAAAAGAAAUUGAUGUGAAAGAUGCCGAUCAAAGUGCUAUAGGAACACAAACAUCCGCCAGAAGUUCUCCCAAUGAUAACACUAAUUGCUUGAGCGAUGAGAUUGAAGCAGAGGAGUACACUUUGAAAAAUAUAGCAUUGGAUCAAACAGGAAGCGCAGCAAACACUUCAAAAAAUGAAAAAUUUCGAAAGACGCUCCGGUUAAGUUCUGAACAAAUUAAAAGUCUUAACUUGAAACCAGGUAUGAACGAAGUUGAAUUUAGCGUAACUACAGCUUAUCAAGGAACUACUCGUUGCAAAUGUUAUCUAUUUCGAUGGAAAUAUAGCGAUAAAGUUGUAAUAUCAGAUAUAGAUGGGACGAUUACGAAGUCUGACGUCCUUGGGCAUAUUUUACCAAUGGUUGGCAAAGAUUGGGCGCAAAUAGGUGUAGCACCUUUGUUUUCUAAAAUCGAAGAGAACGGUUAUAAAUUGCUGUACUUAUCAGCACGUGCCAUUGGCCAAUCACGUGCAACCAGGGAAUAUCUUCGUUCGAUUCGUCAAGGAGAUGUUAAGUUACCUGAUGGACCUCUGCUUUUGAAUCCUACAUCACUGAUUUCAGCAUUUCAUCGCGAAGUUAUUGAGCGCAAACCAGAACAAUUCAAAAUAGCAUGUUUGAGUGACAUUCAAACGUUGUUUCCCGAAAACCCAUUUUAUGCAGGGUAUGGGAACAGGAUUAAUGAUGUUUGGGCAUAUCGUGCGGUGGGAAUUCCAAUUAUGAGGAUAUUCACAAUAAAUACCAAAGGGGAGUUGAAACACGAACUGACCCAAACAUUCCAAUCGUCAUAUUGUAGCAUGACAUACAUAGUCGACCAAUUAUUUCCACCCAUUAAAGAUGAUGAAGGCGCAGUAGAAUAUUCCAGUUUUAACUAUUGGCGAGAACCUGUUUACGAAAUUGAUUUAGAGAUACAACCCGUUGAUCCUACAGUCAGCAUAACGCAAUCUACUUUGCACUCCCUCUCGAAGCCACUACCCACCAUUCCUGAAAAUGAAAAAAAUUAAUACGUUGUGCGAAGCAAUAUGCUAAUUUCCACGGUAAACGAAGUUUGGUGUACUGUUUAUCCGUUGCAUUUUAUGUAUAAAAAUUAUUCAAAAUGCAGGAAACCAGUCUAUGCGUAAAUCAACAGCGAGGCAAUAGCAUUAGAAACAACAAGGGAUACGGAGUCUAAAAUUUGGAUAGAUUACUUGGAAAUAUACACUUCUAAUAUUAUUAAAUUAUUAUUCUUACUCAUUGUACUUAUACAUUCGUAAGUUGGAGCUUUUUAUUUUAAUUACUUUUUAAAAAAACAUUAAUAGAGGGGAAAUAUAAAAAUGAUGAAUUAAACGAGAAGCUUGCUUUAACCACUUGUAUACAACAUAUUUAAUUUGAAAAGCUAUGCAAUGAAUUUAUAAUAUAUCAUGAAGAAGAAACGAUAUUGGGAUAUACUGUUUAUAGUGAAAAUCUGUUUAAAAAUAAAAUAAAAAUUUCUGCGGGUAGGUUGGAAAAUAUCAAAUUGAAAUUUGGUUUAAUUCAGACGCGAAAUUUGGAAGGAAUAAAUAAUUUUUUGGGAAAAUAAUUACAAGCAA